AGUGUUUCAUACACAGUGAAUGUCUUGGCUUGCGUCAACUGCGCAUUGACUAGUAGGAAUAUUGGACUCAAAUCGAUAUUGUUUUUAUUUUACCCGUGCGGUCGACGAAAAUGAAAUAAUGACUGUUUUCACCAAUCUGAUAUUUUAGCAGCUGCGUUGAUCAUAAUACUUGUGUCUAGAGGUUUUGUGAGAAGCACGAUUUUUCUUGUAAUAAUACUGUCUAAAGGCUUGCAACUGGAUUUACAUCUUUAUUUCACCUGGCUAUAUACCGUCACCCGAACUGAAAACGAGACAUACCUUGGCGUUGCUAACAAGUCACAUCGCUAGUAAAUCAAUAUCAUGAUUACAGUAUCAGAGAUCUAAUACCGAAUGAAGAUGAGGGUCUUAACACACGAUCAUCUUGGAGGAGGGCGAUUACUGGUGGCUGUACUAAUGCUAUUCUGUUCAGUCCAUGGAGUGAUUGCUCAAGACGCGUGUGUAUCGAAUCCCUGUAGUGGAUUAGGAUUCUGCUUUGAGAGGCCAGGACGAACCCCCAACUAUGCCUGCCAAUGCUUUGGUAUCAAUAGAAUGGGCUUUGGUUGCCUCGAAGUCGGUUCUUUCGAUGGAGUGAACAGAUGUUUUGGCUACCCGUCGUCCUCUUGUCAACUCACAUCUUUUUCCUCGCCUGGUUUCCCAAACACAUAUCCCAACGGCUACUCCCAAAUGUACCAGCUCUACAUCCAAACCGCGACAUCAAUCAGGUUCUCAUUCCAUGCCACAUUCAGCAUCGACGUCAAUGACGACUUGUAG